GGUAGCGAAAACAAAACGGCUUUGUGAACUGGAACUUGGGAAACCCUUCCUGACCUCUUCCAAUCAAACUGUAAACGCAGACACAAGCAGCCUGUUACUUACAUAGAAUCCAAUACAGUACUUCAAACUUCAAACAUUGUCAAACACUUCCUGGUGUUCCAAACUCAGACAUUCAAGUUCAAAUCACCUCUUCUAUCUCUCUGUAAAUAUCAAAUAUCUAAAUUUGAAGAUCUGGGGAUCAAAGAAAAGUGAAGUGGUAAAACAAAAGAAAAGGGUUAUAGCCUUAUAGGUUGAAAUGGAGAACAGCAGCUUGGAGGAGACUCUGCAAGAUGGGAAGCUCUACAGAAACCUCAAUUCUCUCAUUGUUGCUCAUCUUAGAGACAACAAUCUCAACCAGGCUGCAAGUGCAGUUGCUUCUGCAACUAUGACACCAUUGAAUGUCGAAGUUCCACCUAAUAAGCUUCUUGAGCUCUUUGCUAAGGGUCUUGCAGCGGAGAAAGAUGAGAUGUUAAAAGGGGUCACUUCAUCUGCAUUGUAUGAUUUGGGCACUUCAUUGCCUGCUGCUGCAUAUGGCUCAAUCCCUGCUCCUCGAACCGCUACUGUUGAUUUCAGUGCUGUGCAAGAUGCAAAAGGCUCAUCAAAGAGUUUUCCGAAGCAUGAGACACGACAUCUUUCAGAGCACAAGAAUAUUGCCAGAUGUGCAAGAUUUAGUCCUGAUGGGAGGUUUGUUGCCACUGGAAGUGCAGACACAUCAAUAAAGCUCUUUGAGGUUGCAAAAAUUAAGCAAAUGAUGCUGCCAGAUGCAAGGGAUGGUCCUGUGCGACCUGUCAUACGAACGUUUUAUGACCAUAUACAACCAAUAAAUGAUUUGGAUUUCCAUCCUCAAAAUACUGUUCUGAUAUCUGGGGCCAAAGACCACACUAUAAAGUUCUUUGAUUUUUCCAAAAUGACCGCAAAGAGAGCAUUCAGAGUUAUCCAGGAUACGCAUAAUGUGCGUUCUGUAUCUUUUCAUCCUUCUGGGGAUUUUCUUUUAGCAGGAACUGAUCACCAAAUCCCACAUUUGUACGAUGUCAAUACCUUCCAGUGCUAUCUAUCUUCAAAUGUCCCAGAGAUAGGUGUUAAUGGAUCCAUAAAUCAGGCAUGGUAUUCAUCUACAGGUGGCAUGUAUGUUACAGCAUCUAAAGAUGGUGCUGUACGGUUAUGGGAUGGAGUAACUGCAAAUUGUGUGCGAUCCAUAGUCGGUGCACAUGGAGCAGCCGAGGUCACUGGUGCAAAUUUUACAAAGGAUCAAAGAUUUGUUCUCUCCUGUGGGAAGGAUUCUACUGUGAAGCUUUGGGAAGUUGGCACUGGAAGAUUGGUCAAACAAUAUCUUGGAGCUACACAUCUGCAGCUGCGGUGCCAGGCUGUUUUCAAUGACACUGAAGAAUUUGUACUAUCCAUAGAUGAACCAAGCAAUGAGAUUGUAAUUUGGGAUGCUCUGACGGCAGAGAAAGUAGCAAGGUGGCCUUCCAAUCAUAUUGGUGCACCCCGCUGGCUUGAGCAUUCACCAAUAGAGGCAGCCUUUGUUUCCUGUGGCACUGAUAGGUCUAUUCGGUUCUGGAAGGAAGUUCUCUAGGUAUGUGGGAAAUGGGGGUGAUGGUGUUCUUACUCCAAGGAAGUGUAUAUUUAAGAGAUUACUGAACAUGCGUUCUAGAAGAAAUCUGUCUGUAGAACAACAUCAACAAUGAGAAUAGUUGGACCUGUGGUUCUAUAUAUAGAAUUUGUAUGCAUUUUCCCUCCUGUGCACUCGUAAUAAUAGAGGAGCUAAAUUUUACGCUA